CAAAAAAUGUUGCUUUAUUUUCUUAUGCUAGGUUAAAGCAUAUGUUUAAAUUUCAGUUUCUUUAAUGAUACUGAACAAUAUUAGACAUAGGUGAUUAUGAAUGUAGAAUAGUAAUCAUUCAUUAAAAGAUUAGAUGAUAUGGGCAAAAUUUUGUAUAUUUUAUAUUUCUUAUUAAUUUAGAUCAGUUAAGUUUACGAGUGAUGAUGGAUCUGAUAAAUUUUGUUCUUCAUAUUUUUAAGGAGUAACAAUUCAUUAAUCGCCAACUGGUUUUAUAUCAUUAGUACAUGAAUUCUCAAAAAAAGACAUUGAUGAUUUAAGCGAAGAAGAAUUAUAUAAAGGAUUUAAUGAAAAAUUAUCAUCAUUUGCAAUUAGUCCAGAAGGGAUUAGUAUAUUAUCUUCAAAAGGAAAAAUUUACUAUAUUAAUACAAUGUCAAAAGAUUUUUCUAUCUUUAAUUAAACAAUCCCUUCGUUAAAUGAACAUUAAUAGACAACAUAAUUAGUAUAUGAUGAAAAAUCAAGAUAUUUUUAUGCCUUUUUAAAUGAUAACAAUUAAGUAAUUAAGUAUUAGUUAGUGAAUAAUGAAAUAUAAUAUAAAUCUAUUUAAGGAUGGCAAAAACCUAAUGAUAAAUUUAAAGUUGUUACUUAUAAUGGAUGGUUAUUUUCAGCUUAAGAUUAAUAAGGUUUAUUUAUUUAUGAAAUCGAACAACAUGGUUUAAAAUUAAUAAGAAGUAUUACUGCUUAAGAUUUGUAUGAUUUCUAAUCAGAUUCAUCAAGAAUAGUUGAUGUUGCUGUUUCUUAAGAUAAGUUAUACAUUUUAGAUUAUUAUCAUGGGAUAACUUAAUUUAUUAUUAAUUCAAAUGGAAGUUUUACAAAAAAUGAAAAAUUAGGAUUGAUUAAAUAUUAGGAUUGUAAAUCAUUCUCAAUAAGAGGAUAAACAAUAAUUUUAAUAUAAAAUUAUUAAUCGAAUUCUGAAAUAAUUGAAUUAUUUAUAUAAGAUGAUGAAUAUAUAGAAAUGAGAAAAAUAUAUACAAAAAGUUAAUUGAGAAAAGCUGAUAUAAUAGAUGAUAAUUUUGCAGUAGUUCGUGGUUUACAUGAUCAUAAAAUUAUGCUUCUUUAAAUGCCUGAUUAAUAUCUAGAUUAAAAUGCUAAACUAUUGUAAUUGUUUAUUUAUAUACAAUAUAUAGAGAUAAUUAUUUUUUUAGUGGAAAUCUAUUAGGAGUUAAUAAAUUUGGUAAUAGUAAUAAUACUCUUUUUGCUAUUUCACCUCAUGGAUUUUACAUCUUUGUUUACAAAUCUUAUCCUUCCAUUAUAAUAUGUAAUAGUAAUGAAAUUGAUUCGGGACUCUAUUAAACUAAUGUAAUUUUAAAUUAUAUUUAAGUUGGAAAUCAUAAGUACUGAUUGUGAAAAGAAAACUGAUAAAUCUAAUCAUCUUCAAUAUUGUGUUACCAAUUAUCUCUAUGAUUUCGAAAUUAAAAAACCUUUGCUUUCACCAUAAUAAUAGUAAAUUACUAUUUAUCUUACCAUCAUUUUAAUAUCUUUUAUUCUACUUCUAAUUGGAUGUAUUUUAUAUCAUUGCAGAAGAUAUCAAAUCAAAUUAGAAAUCCUAAAGAAAGCAAAAUAAUAUAAAAAAUAAAGAUCUGAAGAUAAAGGAGAAGAAUGAUGUUAUUA